AUGGGUAGUCUUUAUGAGCUUCUUGGUUUCGUGGGAACAAUUCUGAGAGAAUCAAGCAAACUCCUUGCCAAGCAUGGCAAGUCCAUGCUCACCAUAACUGCAACCUCCAUUCUGCUCAAUUGUCUUCUCUUGUUCGCCAACCUCUUCUCCACUAAGCCAGCAAUUAAAGAUUUUGUUGCCAAAACAACACUUCUGAUCACAAACCCUGGCAGUUUUGAUAUGUUCCGAUUGAUCAAUGAUAUGCAACAAGAUGUUCUGAUUAUUGUAGGAACCGAGUUGGCUUUCUUUCUCGCGACCUUAGCCGUCUUGCUGUUCUCCAUAGCUGCAAUGAUUCAAGCCUCAGCUCUAUUCUACAGUGGGAAGAGCCUUUCUUCCAUGGAUUUUGUUUCAAGGUUGGCAAGAUCAUUUGUAAGGCCAUUUGCCACGUUCUUUUACUUUAGUCAUUUCUACCUCGGAUACAUCGUCAUUUCACUGGCAAUCCGAAUGCUUCUAGCGAUCCUACUUUUUGGUCACAAUUCAAUCUUAUUACUCUCCACGAUCAUACUUCUUCCAACCUUGAUUCUGUGGAUUUACUUGUCGGUUGUUUGGAUAUUGGCCGUGGUGAUCUCUGUGAUCAAAGAGGGUUGCUAUGGAAUGGAGGCACUGGGGAAGGCUCAAAAGCUUGCUAAAGGCAAGCAGCUACAAGGUUUUGCUCUAAGUUGUGUCUUCGUGAUAUUACCGAUGAUUGUAGCUGGCCUUUGA